GGCCCACACCUGCGGGCCGGCCAGCCUCUUCCGGGUCAGGUGACCGCGCGCGGCCACGUGACCCGCGCCGAGUGCGGGCGGUGCAAGGCGGAAGUGGCCGAGGAGUUGGCGCCGCCGGUGUGGCCGCGGCAGGUUCCUGGUGAUGACAUGGCGUCUGCCAGCGCCAGCCGGGCUGGAGCGGCCCCGCCUUUCGAGAAGUCGCAGCUCACGCUGAAAGUGGUGUCCGCCAAGCCCAAGGUGCACAGCCGGCAGCCGCGCAUCAACUCGUUCGUGGAGGUGGCGGUGGACGGCCUGCCCAGCGAGACCAAGAAGACGGGGAAGCGGAUCGGGAGCUCGGAGCUGCUGUGGAACGAGAUCAUCGUGCUGAAUGUCACGGCCCAGAGUCACUUGGAUCUGAAGGUCUGGAGCUGCCACACCCUGAGAAAUGAGCUGCUGGGCACCGCCUCCGUCAGCCUCUCCAGCGUCCUGAAGAACAAUGGGGGCAAAAUGGAGAACACGCAGCUGACCCUGAACCUGCAGACGGAGAGCAAGGCGGGCGGCGUCUCGGGCGGCGAGUUGACCAUUUUCCUGGACGGCCCGACUGUUGAUCUGGGAAGCGUGCCUAACGGCAGCGCCGUGGCUGAUGGGUCUCAGCCGUCCUCGAGAGACGCCGGUGGCACCGCAGUGGCUCCUGACACUCGGCAUCAAGCCCCCAGCACAAACUGCUUUGGUGGCAGAUCCCGGACACACAGACAUUCAGGUAGCUCCGCGAGAACCACCGCCACAGCCGGCGAGCAGAGCCCCGCCGGGAGCAGCCGACACCGCCAGCCCGUCAAGAACCCGAGUCACAGCAGCUUGGCCAAUGUCACAGUGAACGAUGACCCCGUGGCCGUCACCGAUCCUGAAGACGCCUCAGUGGUCGUCGUCGGCGUGACGUCCCCGCCCGCUGCCGUGGCCAGCGUGACCGCGAACCCCGCCAUCGCGUCCCUCCCAGGCCCUGCUGUGCCAGCCGAAGGAGAAGAGCCCGGCACCUCGAGCGCGCCACAGCUGCCCGCUUCUGUCCCUGCCCUCGACGUUCUGCCUGCGGGAUGGGAGCAGCGAGAACUGCCCAACGGGCGUGUCUAUUAUGUCGACCACAACACCAAGACCACCACCUGGGAGCGGCCUCUGCCUCCAGGCUGGGAGAAGCGCACUGACCCCCGCGGCCGCUUCUACUAUGUGGAUCACAACACGCGGACCACCACCUGGCAGCGGCCCACGGCCGAGUACGUGCGCAACUACGAGCAGUGGCAGUCGCAGCGGAGCCAGCUGCAGGGUGCCAUGCAGCACUUCAGCCAAAGAUUCCUCUACCAGUCUUCCAAUGUGUCCGUCGACCAGGACCCGCUGGGCCCCCUCCCUCCUGGCUGGGAGAAGAGACAGGACAAUGGACGGGUGUAUUACGUGAACCACAACACACGCACGACCCAGUGGGAGGACCCCCGCACCCAGGGGAUGAUCCAGGAGCCCGCGCUGCCCCCGGGCUGGGAGAUGAAGUACACCAGCGAGGGGGUGCGCUACUUCGUGGACCACAACACCCGCACCACCACCUUCAAGGACCCGCGGCCCGGCUUCGAGUCCGGGGCGAAGCAAGGGUCUCCUGGCGCCUACGACCGCAGCUUCCGGUGGAAGUACCACCAGUUCCGUUUCCUCUGCCACUCCAAUGCCCUCCCCAGCCACGUGAAGGUCAGCGUGUCCAGACAGACACUCUUUGAGGAUUCUUUCCAGCAGAUCAUGAACAUGAAGCCCUAUGACCUGCGUCGCCGGCUCUACAUUAUCAUGCGUGGCGAGGAGGGCCUGGACUACGGGGGCAUCGCCAGGGAGUGGUUCUUCCUCCUGUCCCACGAGGUGCUCAACCCCAUGUACUGUCUGUUCGAGUACGCCGGGAAGAACAACUACUGCCUGCAGAUCAACCCUGCCUCCUCCAUCAACCCCGACCACCUCACCUACUUCCGCUUCAUCGGCAGGUUCAUUGCCAUGGCCCUGUACCACGGCAAGUUCAUCGACACGGGCUUCACGCUGCCCUUCUACAAGCGCAUGCUCAACAAGCGGCCCACCCUCAAGGACCUGGAGUCCAUUGACCCCGAGUUCUACAACUCCAUCGUCUGGAUCAAAGAGAACAACCUGGAGGAGUGCGGCCUGGAGCUCUAUUUCAUCCAGGACAUGGAGACGCUGGGCAAGGUGACCACCCAUGAGCUGAAGGAAGGCGGGGAGAACAUCCGGGUGACGGAGGAGAACAAGGAGGAGUACAUCAUGCUGCUGACCGACUGGCGCUUCACCCGGGGAGUGGAGGAGCAGACCAAGGCCUUCCUGGACGGCUUCAACGAGGUGGCACCCCUGGAGUGGCUGCGCUACUUCGAUGAGAAGGAGCUGGAGCUGAUGCUGUGCGGCAUGCAGGAGAUCGACAUGAGUGACUGGCAGCGCAACACGGUGUACCGCCACUACACCAAGAGCAGCAAGCAGGUGCAGUGGUUCUGGCAGGUGGUGAAGGAGAUGGACAAUGAGAAGCGGAUCCGGCUGCUGCAGUUCGUCACUGGGACCUGCCGCCUGCCCGUCGGUGGCUUUGCCGAGCUCAUCGGCAGCAACGGACCCCAGAAGUUCUGCAUCGACAAGGUGGGCAAAGAGGCCUGGCUGCCCCGAAGCCACACCUGCUUCAACCGCCUGGACCUCCCGCCGUACAAGAGCUACGAGCAGCUGAAGGAGAAGCUUCUCUACGCCAUCGAGGAGACGGAGGGCUUUGGACAGGAGUAACACCCCCCACCCCCCUGGCACAGCCCCGAGCCUGGUGGCCUUGUG